UGCUUCUGCUUCCAGCAGCAGCUGAACUUUCCUCUCAGUUGAUCUCAGAGUUUAACAGAGAGAGGAUGAUGAUGAUGAUGAAGCUGCUCCUCUUCCUCUGCUCCGUCCUCUGGGUCUCUGCUGAUGUUCUCCAUGAGGACCUUCGUAUCAGUGGCUGUUCAGACUCUGAUGGAGAGUUCAUGUACACUCUGGAGGGAGAAGAGCUGUGGUUCGCUGACUUUAAGAAGGGAGAAGGAGAAUAUCCUCUGCCUCCUUUCAUUGAUCCUUUCAAAUACCAGGAAGGAACUUAUGAACUAGCUGUGGGUAGUCAACAGAUCUGCAGAAACAACCUGAAACUCAGGCGUAAAGCUAUGAAGGACAUUCCUCUGGAAAAAGAUCCUCCAUCCAAUCCAGUGGUCUAUCCCAGAGAUGACAUAGAGCUGGGAGAGAAGAACAUCCUGAUCUGUCAUGUCUCUGGUUUCUAUCCUGCUCCUGUCAACGUCUCCUGGACCAAGAACGGCCAGAAGGUGACUGAUGGAACCAGCAUCAACGUUCCCUAUCCCAGUAAGGACAGCACCUUCACCCAGAUCUCCAGACUGGACUUCAUCCCUCAGCUGGGAGACGUCUACAGCUGCUCAGUGGAGCAUCCUGCCCUACAGAAACCAGUCACUACGAUGUGGGAUGUGGAGAUGGACAGUCCUCAGCCCAGUGUUGGACCUGCUGUGUUCAGUGGAGUCGGUCUGACCAUCGGACUCAUCGGCGUUGCCUUGGGAACCUUCUUCCUGAUCAAAGGGAACGAGUGCAGCUGAUUGGCUGCAGCUGAUUGGCUGCAGCUGAUUGGUUGAAGCUGAUUGGCUGAAG